ACUCGAAACGACUCUUGUCAACCUGUCUCUCUUGUCCUCCAUCCGUUUAAGACAAGUGGAAAUAUUUAACGACUAUUCAUGGAUGAAUUUGUUGAAUAGUGCUCUACAGGAUUUAACUUGACGUGUCGCCAUGUUUUCAUUUGUCACUUUCAACAGUUAAAUGGGAUUAAAUUUACAAGACGGCUCAGCUCAUUUUUCUUCCCGCAAAGCUCGCUAACUCAGUCAGGUGGCCGGUUAUUCAGUGAACCGAAACUGCCUGCUUUGUUUGACUUUUUCAUACAUGAGAUGGCGGGUGUGACACUUCAGAUUGGUUCCUUGCGGGGCCUGGCCGAGGGCGAUCUCCUGGACCCAGCGUUUCAGCAGCGGCUGGAGGAUGCGCGUGCCCUGCUGAGGCAGGAGAUCCAGCGCGAGCUGAAGAUCAAGGAGGCAGCAGGGCGGAUGCGGCAGGCUGUCACCAACAAAAAAAGUGCCGCUGAUGUGGAGGGCCAGCUGCGUGCCUCCAGUCGCAAGCUGGAGCAGCUCCAUUGGGAGCUCCAGGAGCUGAAUGCACUCGCAAUGGCCACGGAAAAAGAGACCGCCACGGAUACUGCCACAUCUCCGGAUCCCUGCCACUGGGAAGACGCUACAUCUCCGCUGGCCAGUCGCAUCCGCACUCUGCGGAAACAGCUCACCAUGGAGCUGAAAGUGAAGCAAGGAGCCGAGAACAUCAUCCAGACGUAUGCAAACAGCUCGGUCAAGGAUCGAAAGAUGCUGUCCACAGCCCAGCAAAUGCUGCAGGAUAGCCGGACCAAAAUUGAGCUGCUGCGCAUGCAGAUUGUGAAAGUGACCCAGGCCAGAGAGGGAGAGCGAGAGGCCACAGACCAAGAUGGCCGGCCCUCUGAGACCAUCAGUCCCCUGGAGCUGAGGAUGGAGGAGCUCAGGCACCACCUGAGAAUUGAGGCUGCAGUAGCAGAAGGGGCCAAGAACGUGGUGAAGCAGCUCGGGGGACGCAGAGUUCAGGACCGCCGUGCACUGGCUGAGGCCCAAGCCCGUUUGCAGGAGUCCUCUCAGAAGUUGGAUCUUCUGCGUCUGUCUUUGGAGCAAAGGCUUGGAGAACUCCCCCAUGACCAUCCUAAACGAGGGGCCAUUAAAGAAGAGUUGACUGUUGGUGCCUCUCCCACUGUAGGCCUGCAGAAGGAGCGACAACACUCUUCAUCCUCUGCAUCCUCCUCAUCGUUCUUCAAACCAGCCAGCCUUACAGGUCGGCUGGAGGUUAGGUUGAUGGGUUGUCAGGAUCUGUUGGAGUCUGUGCCAGGCCGUUGCCGUAUGUCAUGUACCUCCACUCCCGGUAGCCCCUCUGAGGCCAAGUCCCUGAGGAUGCGGACUGGCCUGUCCACACGCAGCACCAAUGGCAAGACGGCCAAGACCGACGAUCUGUCCACGGAGAUCAGCGCAGUGUUGAAGGUGGAUAACCGGAUGGUGGGCCGCACACAUUGGAGGCCUGUGGGUAAAGAGGCUUGGGAUCAGAGCUUCAGCAUCGAACUGGAGCGGUCACGGGAGCUGGAGAUUGGAGUGUACUGGCGAGACUGGAGGGCCCUGUGUGCCGUAAAGUUCCUUCGUCUGGAGGACUUCUUGGAUAACCAGCGGCAUGGAAUGUGUCUUUACUUGGAGCCACAAGGCACACUGUUCACAGAGGUGAGGUUCAUCAACCCGGUCAUUGAGCGGCACCCAAAACUACAGAGACAGAAGCGUAUAUUUCCCAAAGAGAAAGGUAAAAACUUCCUGCGGGCGGCACAGAUGAACAUGAACUUUGCCACGUGGGGGCGCCUGAUGAUGAGCGUUUUGCCACCCUGCAGCAGCACCAUCACAGCCAUGAGCCCACCACUGGCCGCCUCUGACUUGCCCUCCCCCCCGUUGCCUGUUGGGCCUGACCCCACUUCGCCACCGUCUAAGGAGAAAACUUCCAUAUCCACCCCUCCUCCUCCAGGAGACUCAGCAGUUGUCAAGCUGAACUUCAGCGAGGAGCGACCUCCUAAACCCCCACGCCUCUACCUGACGAAGACCCCCUCAUCAGACGGCCCAGUGUCCAUGAACUCCAAAGGGAAUUCUUGUGAAGAUCCCAAAAACAGAGCCGUGCAUCAGCCCGCACCUAAAAAAAAGGAGUGGCUUCACAUGGAGGAUUUCAACUGUGUCUCCGUACUUGGUAGAGGCCACUUCGGAAAGGUGCUGCUGGCAGAAUACAAGAGAACAGGGAAGUUGUACGCCAUUAAAGCCCUGAAGAAAGGGGAUGUAGUGACGCGCGAUGAAGUUGACAGUUUGAUGUGCGAGAAGAGGAUUUUUGAGACCAUUAAUGCGUCCAGUCACCCAUUUCUGGUGAAUUUGCAUGGUUGCUUCCAGACGUGUGAUCACGUGUGCUUUGUUAUGGAGUACUCGCCUGGGGGAGACCUGAUGACCCACAUACACAACAGCAUCUUCACUGAGCGGCAGACCCGGUUUUAUUCAGCCUGUGUACUUCUGGGUCUUGAGUUUCUGCAUCAAAACAAAAUUGUUUAUCGGGACUUAAAGUUGGACAAUCUGUUAAUGGAUGCCGAUGGCUUUGUGAGAAUAGCAGAUUUUGGUCUUUGCAAAGAAGGUAUGGGGCACGGUGACCGUACAUCUACAUUCUGUGGCACCCCAGAGUUCCUGGCCCCUGAGGUUUUGACAGACAGCACCUACACACGUGCUGUGGACUGGUGGGGCCUUGGAGUGCUUAUCUAUGAGAUGUUGGUGGGAGAGUCUCCUUUCCCAGGAGAUGAUGAAGAGGAAGUGUUUGACAGCAUAGUGAAUGAUGAAGUGCGCUACCCCAGGUUUCUCUCUCCAGAGUCAGUCUCUAUAAUCCAGAAGCUGCUGCAGAAAAACCCAGAGAAAAGACUAGGCGCUGGAGAGCAGGAUGCUAAUGAAGUGAAAAGACACAGGUUCUUUCAGGGAGUGGAUUGGGAAGCCCUGUUAGCCAAGCGAAUCAAACCUCCAUUCCUGCCCACAAUCAAAACAGAUGCGGACGUGAGUAAUUUUGACGAGGAGUUCACACGCCAGAAGCCCGUGCUCAGCCCUCCGCAAACGCCCUUGUUUCUCACAGCCGAGCAGCAGGAGAUAUUUGCAGACUUUGACUUCUCCUCACUGCACUGACUGCCUGGGACUUGAAGGAUAAGCAGUUCUGACAUAUCGAGGCUCUGUUUCCUAUCCUGCUUGUGCUCCCUUUUUUUUAAUUCUCUCUGUCUCUCUAACUACCUACCUACCUAUGCAGCAAAACCAAGUAAAGUUGGCUCAGUGUUACCCUUUAAACUCUCUUUGUGCUGUCAUGCAACUUGAGCUACACCUGAGUUCCUUCCAAAGCCAAUACAGACCUGCUCUGAAGAGAGAAAGAAGGUGGAGCAGUGCCUGCAAUGACUCGCAUAUUACCAGAACACUGCUACUCUGUCUCAAGAAUAGAGGACCCGUUAUCACUGUGAGUAAGCUAAGCUUUUACCUGCCCUGCAGUGCUCCUGAUUGGUUGGUUAUGUGUAGGUGUGGAUGUGUUUAGCCUCUGUCUUGUACUGUUUAUUGUCUGCACACUUUUGUAAUAGGAAGCCUCCAGUUGCCCCCCCCCAGUUCAUGUACAUUUGUGCAGCAUUGUCAGUGGUCUCCCAGCUUAGUACAACUUUGAAGUAGGCGUGGUGAUGUAUCAUGAUACUUCACCAUUUACGUGUCAUGUUUCAUUUUUCUGAGGUUUUAGAAGUUGGACCACUGGGAAAAAAAAAAACGGUACUGGAAAAAACAGUGGUAUAAAAAAGAAACUAUUGAUUCAUAUUAUUGAGCGAUUUGCAUACUGCGCUGCAGGCCUAACUAUGCUCUUUGUAAUGAAACAUGCAGCUGCUCAGUGGUCCUUAAGUACUGACGAUAUCUAUGAUAUCGUGACAUUUAUCCCAAUAACACAAUUUGCCCAGCCCUACUUUGAGGCAUUCUUGCACUGAAACUGAACAGAUAAGGAUUGUGUGAACAAAUAGCGAUUGAGAUGGUGUCCUUGUCUGGACCUCCACUUUUAAGGAUGUACCAACGAAUGCAACUCUAAACUGUAUAUGCACCUUGAAACAAUGAGAUGGAAGCAACUAAAUGAUGAUGGUGACCAAAUGCUUGUUAAAAUGGUAGAUCGAAUGCUUGGAAAUUAAGCUCCUAGAAACUCUGGUUUGUCUGUACGCUGUGUACUGUAUCUGUGUCAAAGGUCUGUAAUUGAAUACGUGACCUGGCAGAGCUCGUGGAUCAAGACUCGUCUCUCAACUGGCUUUGAUCCACAUCAUUUUCCAAAUGAAAGCAGUGCUGGACCUGGUUGCCUUCUUUGAUCUGAUCCAGAAGCCUUCACUUAUUUUAAAAGUAAUAUCAAUGUUAACAAGGUAGAGAUGGUCUUGGACCAGGAAGACAACUUACCAGCACUAAAAUGACCCCACCCUGCCUGUCUGUCUGUUGUCUGUGCACUAGCUUAUUGUGAUAGACCUCAAGUUUAAAGGUACAAUAGGUAUUUUUUUUUAUAUUCAGUUUGU